AUGGCUUCUAUAGGAGAGUUUGAUCCGCUCCAGAGCUGCGUUCCUGCCACCAAGAUAGAAGUGACCGUGUCCUGCAGGAAUCUACUGGAUGUGGAUACAUUCUCCAAGUCAGAUCCGGUCGUGGUUCUGUAUGGGCAGGGAAUUGGAACCAAGGAGUGGAGAGAGUUUGGCAGGACAGAGGUGAUCGAGAACUCUCUGAACCCAGACUUUGUGAGGAAAUUUGUCUUGGAUUACUUCUUCGAAGAAAAGCAGAAUCUCAGAUUUGACGUGUACAGCGUGGACUCGAGAAGUUCAAACAUCUCAAAGCAUAAAUCCUUCCUGGGCCAGACAUUCUGCACGCUGGGGGAGAUCAUCGGCGCGUCUGGAGCUCGGCUGGAGAGAGCGCUGUUUGGAAUUCCAGGCAAGAAAUGCGGCAACAUUAUCUUUACAGCUGAGGAGCUCAGCAACUGCAGGGAUAUCGCCACCAUGCAGCUGUGCGCUAAUAAGCUGGAUAAGAAGGAUUUCUUCGGGAAAUCGGAUCCGUUCCUGGUUUUCUACCGCAGCAACGAGGACGGCACGUUCACCAUCUGCCAUAAAACAGAGGUGAUGAAAAACACUCUGAACCCGGUGUGGCAGCCCUUCAGCAUCCCGGUCAGAGCUCUGUGUAACGGUGAUUACGACAGAACCGUUAAGAUUGAUGUCUUCGAUUGGGACAGAGAUGGAAGUCAUGACUUUAUUGGAGAGUUCACCACCAGCUACAGAGAGCUGUCCCGAGGUCAGAGCCAGUUUAACGUCUAUGAGGUUCUCAACCCCAAAAAGAAAGGCAGAAAAAAGAAAUACAUCAACUCCGGCACUGUAACGCUUUUGUCCUUCAGAGUGGAGUCGGAGCACACGUUCGUGGACUUCAUCCGCGGCGGGACGCAGCUGAACUUCACCGUAGCCAUCGACUUCACUGCUUCCAACGGUAACCCCUCCCAGCCCACGUCCCUACACUACAUGAGUCCGUACCAGAUGAACGCGUAUGCGAUGGCGCUGAAGGCGGUGGGUGAGAUCGUCCAGGAUUACGACAGUGACAAACUUUUCCCUGCUUACGGUUUCGGGGCCAAAAUCCCCCCUGAUGGGAACGUCUCACACACCUUUCCUCUGAACACAGACUGUGCGAAUGCAAACUGUGUAGGAAUUGAAGGUGUACUAGAAGCUUAUUAUGAUUGUCUGAGGAACGUCCAGCUCUACGGUCCCACUAACUUUGCUCCGGUCAUUAACCUCGUUGCACAGGCAGCUUCGGCUGUGACGGACGGCUCUCAGUACUUCGUGCUGCUCAUGAUCACUGAUGGAGUCAUCUCCGACAUGGUCCAGACCAAGGAGGCCGUGGUUAAUGCUUCAUCCCUGCCCAUGUCAAUCAUCAUCAUUGGUGUGGGACCUGCAGAGUUCGAUGCGAUGGAGGAGCUGGAUGGUGAUGAGGUGCGGGUGUCCUCCAAAGGCCGAGCUGCUGAGCGGGACAUCGUUCAGUUCGUGCCGUUCAGGGACUACAUCGACCGCUCAGGGAACCAAGUGCUCAGCAUGGCCCGUCUGGCCAAGGACGUCCUGGCUGAGAUCCCCGAGCAGCUGCUUUCCUUCAUGAAGAAUUGCGGCGUCGAACCCAGACCCGCCGUCUCCCACUCUCCUACACCACACAUCCACGUCCAUCUCUGAUUCCAGACCAGCUCCUGUUCACACUGCAAGUUUAACCAAUAACUGUAUAGUCAUAUAUAUAAAUAUAUGGUCCGAAUAAUUACCGUAGUAAU